UUCUUCGGGAACGGGACGGGUUUGUGAAAAGCACUGUAGUAGUAUCCCAAGCACGUCCUGUACGUUGUGAAACGCAGGUCAGGAAAACAACAACCUUGAUCCGUACGUGUACGUCAGAGUGUGGGGUGGGUGGCCGGUGCCAAGGUCCAAGGCAGGAAGGCAAAUCACCCAACCAGAGCAAAAACGCAAAAACAUCGUAGUAGUCAGCAAACUUUCUUUGCUUAGCCGUGUGUAUACGUUGGAGUGCCCCAAAGGAUGUUCCGAUCGUGUUGUUUACGUUAAUCCAAGGUGUGUAGAAAAAUAAACAAAACGCCCUGUCCCCGUGUGCCCCGGUCACAGAGGGCACCGCGCUCCAAGCACGGUACAAUUGUUUGCAUCUGAUCAAGUAAUUUGAUCUUCGCUUACGAUUAGCAACAAGUUCAACGUUGAUAAGUGAAAACGCCGUGUGAAACGAACGUACUGUGUGGCAAGAACAAAAGAAAGCAGAAAUUAAUACAAACGUAGCACACUGUUCCAAGUGCGAGGAAAGAUCCCUUAAGGGCGAAUGUAGUUUACACCUUAGUACGGUUGUUUAUCGCCCAGCAGUAAUGCUGUUCUAAGCGCAUUGCAACAUUCCUACUGCCGUUCGGUGCAUAGUUUAUGUGCGCAUUUGAAUUGAAAUCAAGAUUUCAAAGCUAGAUCGAGCUCCGUUUGCCCGGGCAAUGAGAAUGCAGUGAAGCUAACGCGGAAGCUAAAUCAAACAACGCUAAAACACAACCAAAUCUUCUGGCCGAACGCAUCAUUUCACCCCGGAAAGUAAAAUGGGAAGCGUGUGGAAGCGGUUGCAGCGCGUCAACAAACGGGCGGCCAAGUUUUCCUUCACCGUGUCGUACCAUGAGCUGUUCAUGGAGACGACCGCUAAAUGGCGCCCCAAUAAGUUGCACGUCGUGUGGACACGCCGAUCGCGGCGUGUCUCAUCGAGUGCGCUCGAAUGGCAGCCGGAUCUGAUCAACCCGCUCAGCAGCACAAUGUCCUGGCCCAUGCCGGACAACCAUACGAUCGCCGUGACGCUAUUCAAAGACAUUCGAACGCUCGAGCUGGAGGAUAAGGAUUGGACGUUCGUGCUGGAGGAUGUAUCGCAACUCGGCAAGAAGCGUGCCCUUGCGUCGGCAACGAUCAACAUGCGCAUGUAUGCGAGUAUCGAGUCGACCCAGCAAACGUUUACGUUGCGAUUGCGUCCAGUUUCGAAAAAAAUAUUAGCGGCUAACCUCGAGCUAACACUGAGCUGUGUUUUUCUGCGCGAGGGCAAAGCGACCGACGAGGACAUGCAGAGCAUCAUCUCACUGAUGUCCGUCAAUAAUGUGUCCGACAUUGCUCCGCUCGAUGACCUGGAGGAUAUACCCGAUUCGGAAAAUUCGAUGGAUUUUUCCGAGAACAUGUCCGAACUGACGAACCAGCUCGACCAACUGACGACGAGUUUGAACAGCUCGGAACUACUGACGCCGAUGAGUGGUGUACCAUCCUUGCUUUCCGACGAUCAAACGCCGAUCGUGUGUGGAUCGCGGGAAAUGUUCCUGAAUAUGCUACAAGAUCGCGAGGAUGAAGCAAAGCGAGAACUGGACGAGAAUGAAAACAAGCAGUCACUGCAACGAUCGAAAGAAGUGGGAAGUGGUGAAGCUGCACAAACAUCAUCGUAUCCUAGUCAAAAGGAACCCGAACCAUGCAUCCCAGAAACGGUACGGGCGUUAGCUGAAGAGGAAGACGUUGAGGACCAGCUGGACAAACAACUGGACGCGCUGGGUACGCUGGAAGAUGAAGAGGAUAAUGAGGAUGGUUUCGCUUCCGGACGCUCAACGCCGAUCAUAGCUGCAUCGCAUCGUUUCCCAACACCGGAACCACUCUCCGGGGUGGUCAUACAAGAGGAGAAAAAACGAUCGCCCGAACCUCCGAAACCUUCACCCUUCGAUGGAAAGUCGUUCAACAGCAGUCGGUCCGAUCUCAAACCGUUAAAUUUAGUCAAGAGCUAUGACAACGAACCGAGCGAAAACGAAAGGAACACAAGUUCUGAGCAGGAAGCGGAUGACCAUUUGGAUGUAUCAUUGGUUCCUCCUAUACGAACAAUACCGUUGCCGCUUUCGACUGGAGGAGAAUUAUUGAAACCAUUGGGAACACUGAAAGACAGUACGCCGGGACAGGAUCUUCUCGAAUGGUGCAAGGAGGUAACUAAAAACUACAAUGGUGUGAAAGUGACAAAUCUGACUACGAGCUGGCGCAACGGGAUGGCUUUUUGUGCGGUGAUACAUCAUUUCUAUCCUAAUCUUAUUGACAUGACCAAAUUGUCCCCUGGGAAUGUGAUUGAAAACUGUCGAACGGCAUUCGAUGCAGCAGAGAAGCUUGGUAUACCGAGAGUGAUUGAGCCGCGUGAUAUGAAUUUACUCGCUGUGCCGGAUAAGCUGGCAGUUAUGACGUAUCUUUACCAGUUGCGGGCAAACUUUACCGGACAUCAGCUAGAGGUCCAAUCCAUCGGUGAAACAACGGAUGAUUCUAGCUACGUGAUUGGUAAUUACAAGUCCGACAAGCUGUGUAAAAAUCUGCUCAAUCUGACCGAUAUCAUCACGCCAAACAACGAUGAUCCUUUGGGACAUAAAGCCGAUUCAAAGGCGACCCUAUUGGCCAACUCGAAGCACUUGCUGGGACGCGUACUUUCCCCUACCAAAGAUAAGCUUCCCAACUUUCCCUUUAGCCUGCUGGACGGGCCACUCGGUCCGGGACAUGUCGCCAGCAAUGGUUCUAGUAUUGCUGAUAUCGGUAGCCAGCAGCAACGAGCAGCCAAUGAGGAUAUCAAUAGUAAGCCAACGAACGGUACGAGUGGCCAUCGUGGCAGUGUAGACAGUGGUAGUACUAAUACUUCUACAGCAGAUAAUGAGGAAACUUCGAUAGAAAACCGUAACGUUCCAACGGCAGUAGACAGCAGUAGUACAGUGACCGUAAACGGAAAUAGCACUAGUCCAUCGGAGGAUGAUACUGGAACUGAAACCAUCGCACAGCAGGACGGAACGUCCUCGUCCGAUUCCCAAAGACGUGCCCAAAUGGAAAGUAAAUUGCAGCACAGCGAUAGAGAUGUUGGUGGUGAUGAUGAAGAGAUUCAAACGCUGCCCCAAACGAUGGAUUUAAAUAAAGCGAACAAAUUGAUUUUACGGCACAAAGAAAUGAGCGAACGGGCCAAGCUCAUGAUAGAACGGCUUAGAUCGUCGCACGUAGAUAGCAAAGGUGACAAGGAUGCAGUCGAACGACAGGCCAGGUUGCGUGAGGAGGCCAGAAAGUUGAUUGCGGGGGCGAAGUUAAAACUAUCAGGGCUGGACUCUCCGUCAUCGCCCACAAAGCUGUUUCCUUCCGGUGGUCGUCCAGCGGCUCCUCUAUCUCCGGAUCGGGCUAUCUCACCUAUCAAUAACGGAUCAGAGUUUAUCUUUCCCAUCGGUUAUCACCAUUCUCAUAAAAAGGAUGUGAUUUCACCCGGACAACAGGAUGCAAAUGGCAAGGAUGGUAAGGGUCACAACUACAAGACGAUGGAACAUAAUAGUAACCAUCCACUAAAGCGCGCUACCCCUUCGCCGAGCAAGUUGAUUGAGUUUAUGGGGCCAAAGAGUGAAGACGACAUUGGUCAGGUGGAACGUGUAAACUACAUUCAAAGUGAGCUUAACAAACUGGAACGAGAGCAAGAAGCUAUCGAUCUGAAAGCAAAUGCUCUCGAGAAGAAAUUACGCGCUGUGAUGGGUGGAACGAUGACAAACGUUUCUGAAACUGAAGAUCAACUGAUGUCACAAUGGUUUACCUUGGUGAACAAAAAGAACGCCCUACUCAGGCGGCAAAUGCAGCUUAAUCUACUUGAACAAGAGAAUGAUCUUGAGAAAAAGUACGAAAUGCUAAACAUGGAGCUGCGAGCUGCCCUCUCCAUCGAGGACUGGCAAAAGACGGAGGAGCAGCGUGAGAAGGAAGCACUGCUGCUGGCGGAAUUGGUGGCGAUUGUCGAUAAACGGAAUGAGCUGGUGCAGAAUUUGCACAGCCAAGAACAAGCCAUCGAAGAUGACGACGAAAUAGAGAGAAAGCUUGAGACAGUAGAUAUUAAUCAAAAGGACGAAAAAUGUGUCAUCCAGUGAACUGAUUUCUAUUUCUAUCUGUUUGGAAAAGGAUUUUCCAUUUGACGCGCUGUUUCGGGCGAUACAUCAACAUUUGCGUAACCAACACUAGCGCGCCAAGCGAUACCGAGACUCAAUCAUCGUACAAUCAUCGUUUAACACACGACAUACCAACAGCCUAUAACUACAGUAGAGACAUUUCCGUUCCGGGUUUUGAAUUCCGUUUCCGUAAUGAAUUCCGUCCGUUGUGUACACACGUUUCGUGGGUAUGUAUGUGUGCGCGUAUUUUGUGUGCACGUGUGUUGUAGGCGUGUGCUUAUAUUUAUAGAAGCAGUCAAAGAAAAUUAUAGUUGUGUUUUAGGAUGUGAACCUAUAUCAACAAUUUCAUCUCGUAGAUCGAUGAUCCAUCGGUGGUUUUUUUAUCGACCGAUCGAGUUGCGUUCAGUUGUUGACCUCGCUCGUAAUGCAAUAAUACUGGGGUGGAUUGCCAGUUUAUAUCAAAUGAGCAGGAGGAAACAAAAUGUGGCCAAUCGACCAUCAAUCGAUUCUCUUAAUGUUGUAACAGACCUCCAAUCAAUGGUUUAAGCAUAGCAGUACCUUUUGUUUUGCUUUCGUCUAAAUUAGGCAAAUAUCUACGUGUCAUGACAAAGGUUUAGUGUAUUGUUUAAUGUCUAACAUCAUCAUAAGGCUUUCAUGAAGUGGAAUGGAAAACUACACUUGCGAGCUGAAGCGACACUGAUGGGUCCCAAGUGCAAAACUUAUAUUUAUUGCAAUAAUACAUUAGCUUUAGCUUUUAUUAUUAAGUUUCCGUUCUCUUUUAACAAGUUGUACGACUACAAUUUUACUGUUCAAAUUCUACUUUCCACGGUACUGUACCGUACGCUUUAUUGAGUAGUCUGGUUGGUAAUGGUUCAAUACCGGCUAGGAAAUGAGUAACACGAACAAAUCUACUAGUGAAAUAGGCUUCAGAGCGAGUUAGGUUUAGACGCGGUGUCAGCUAAACGCUAAAAGAUAAUGUAAACUUAUUCAAAGUGAUAUUAGAACGUGGGGAAAUCGAGUGAGUGUUUUUUAUAUGAUUAGUAUCUUUUAUUACUACGCAUACGAAGUCGCCUUUCACCAAAAAAGUGAUGUGUAUGCACUCAUGCUUAGGACGAUUCACCCGAAAAACUGGAAAAGAAAAGAAGGAAAAUCCUUCAUAGGAUUGCGAUUUUAUCUAUGUAAUGAAAGAAGCUUCAAUCUAUCUAUCUACUUAAUGAACUAGUUUCCACCUAGUUUUAGUAUUGAUCACACACAUACAUAUUUUGUUCAGAUCAUAUCAUGGAUGAUUUAGUGUACAUAUGUAGUGAUAUGACGUACAAUGUUUCGAUCAUAAGCCUAUGCUAUUCUAUAGCUAUUUUCUAUUUUCUUUGCUUUUUUCUCCAUCAUGAUAUUCUUUCGGGUGAAAGUGAAAAAAGCGCAGUGCAGAUAAAUAUAUCGUAAUAUAAUUUUCACUAUAGCUUCUAUCAUGAUGAGCGAUUGUGUUGCUUUUGUCGAAGUUUCGAGGAAUACAUAAUAAUUUUUUAGCAGGCUAAAGGUCAUAAAGCGGCUUCUAUUUCUACGUACUACCAUUUACUGUCCAUAUUGAAGUAUUGUACAAGUACUUCGUCAUUGUUUGGUCAUCUCAAUUUCAUGCUUCAUACCGUAAUGCCGAGAUAAAAUAUUCUAGUCACAGCGGAAAGGAAUUACCAGUUGUUGUCCAUAUUUCUGCAGAUAUGGGGUUAGGUCACUAGCAAGUGAGGGGGUGAAUUAUGUAUCCAAGCAGCAAAAUUACAGCUUUCCAACGCCUUUUAGACCUGGUGAAGGGCUAGUUGUAUGUAAUAAGCUUUCGAUAGUAACUCUUUUCUUUUAAUACCAUACUUCCGUUUGAAAAGAAGCGAAACGAUGGGUAUAAAUAAUCAAUGGUUUACUACUUAUUAGGUUCAAUUUGCAUAAACGUGUUUUGAGAAGGAAGAUAAUUGAAGAAUGGAACGGGGUUUAAAGGUUCAUCCUACAGCCAAAGACAAGUUGCGGAAGAGAACGAUGUCGGAAGAAGAAUUCAUAAGGUUGAGUUUUUUUUAAACAUAAAUGUCAACUUCUAGCGCUCAAUUUUGAAAGAGAUUUUAGCUUAUCAAUGAUAAUCAUAAGUGCACACUUCCAUAUGAUUUCGCUUUACUUCGGCUGGCACGAAGACACACCGAAUGCACUACUUGAAUUGAUGAAGCGGAUUUUGUUUCCUUUUAACAAUCGGAUUGGGUCAUAAGGGCUUUAUGUACCGCUACUACUUACCCACCUUUCUCGCAGUUUAGUAAUAGAUUUCACAACUAACAUGCAUAUUUGAAAGCAUACUCAUUUCUAUACUAACAAUUUUCAAACUAAACGCGACAAUAGCUACUCUCUGCUGGAUAGUCACACCACGUGUAACGCUUGAAGUUAUUCUGAACACAUACACCAACACUGGUUAUGUACAAUCUGCAUUGAUAACACACCCGAUAGCGCGAUCCUAUAGAUAAAAUGAUACAUUCGCAAUCGUAAGUUCGAACGCAUUAAAUUAUUGUCAUGUAAUCAACCCCCAUCAUAUGGCUUUCAAUCACACAAUCGGAGAAAAAACUCGUUAAAAUGCGUAGCAAAAUAAACAUUGUGGAAGAAAGUUGGGAAAGGAAAACAAAAGCGUUAAGCAAAGGCAACAAAGUAUAACUUUGGCCUUAUAGCGUAGCGCACAGAAUAGGAGCGAUAUAGAUAAGAAGCAGUACAGAAAAUUCAAUCCAGAUAAAGUCAAAGAAUCCGCAUAGAACGGUCUAACUGCCUAAGAAGCAACACGGAAAUGUGCAACAAGAAAACAUAUUGUUAGACACUAGUAGAAAACGAAUGACGUUAUUUCGGAACCGAAUUCAACACGAAACGCCACAUUCGAUCGCAUAAAUCUAAUGCUACACAUCACUGCGGAGCAUACACUGAAAAAUGAAAUCAUCUUUUACUUUAGUCUAGAUCAAACCGAAACAGGCACGAACGGUGGACGUGAAUAAUGGGAGCAUGUUUUCCCAGCAGUAGUAACUGACAGUCCUUUCCCUCGUUACCUUGUUAUGGAGGCGAUAUUUUUCGGACAGACCACGCUAAGCUUAAAGAGAAGGAAUUCAAGUGCAUGAAUGAUAGUAGAGAACCAGAGCAGAAGAUUACCAUCACAGAGCUGUAUUUAUAUAUCGUAUAUAUAUAUACACACACCCGUUUGCGACCUUCUAGAUUGAGUAUAUACUUAUACAUAAAUGAAAAAAAAACACAUAUAUAUAUUUUCUCAUAAUAUAUACAUAGACCCA